UACUAUUCUUCAUUCGAAUAUCAGUUGGCGCCAAGUUCAGUUAACGUAUGGGAAGAUCAAUUGUUGCAUUAACCCUUAACUGGGGACGUGCGGUCUGUGAGACCAUUAACAAUGGAUUUUCGUUCACCCUAUUCUGACCCUGAAUGGAUUGACCCUUCAUCAUUCUGUUUUGUGACCUUCAAUACACGUGCACUUUUUCAACCGAUUUCAGCGGAUACUUUUUAAAAAUAAUUCAGUUAUUUCUUUGAGCGGUCUCCCUGUUAGUGUUCCAGUGGCAAACAAGGCUUAGCAGAUGGCGCUAAAAUUUGGACCCGAAAUAUCAUCCAAUUUACUGAUCCUAUUAUGAAGCAGUGCUCCAGACACUUUUAAAUGAAGCAGAAAGCGAUUUUAGUGAUAAGAAUGAUUAUACAGAAGAGUUUUUCGAUGAAAGUUCGCAUUCCACUGAUUCUGAAACUGACUCUUUAAAGCUUCCACUCAUUGAGUAAGAUUUUUUCAUUUGAUGAAUUAUUUAGAAGACUCUGCAUACAUGGAAUCUAAAAGUUAGUUUGUUCAUCAUGCUACUUAGGAAUUUAGAUCCAUCUAAAUUGUGCAAUGCAGUAAGACUGAAUCAGCAAAUACUUCAAGAUUCAAGCAACUAACCUUACAGGAAUUCCUGAAAAUUUUACUAUGUACAAUUCUGUUCACUCUGCAAUGGAUAAAGAGCAAACAUUAAAAAAGAAAAAGAAAAAGGAAAGGAAUUCUUUGAAUUCAUCUGGAAAGCAAAACAUACAUAACACUAAAAGUUAGUUUGCUCGUCAUUUUACUUAGGACUCCAAAUUAUGCAGUGGAACAGGACUUUGUAUCUGCAAGCUUAUGGCUGACAUGAGUCAAGUUUCAAGCAACUUUACUUGAGGAGUUUGUUAGGAAGUUCUACUACAGAAAAUUCUGUUGAUACUAUAAUGGAUGAAGAGCAAAUUACUUACUAUUGAGAUGUUUUAAACCACCUGAAGAGCAGCGCAUACCUGAAAUUUAAAUUAGGAGCUCAUCAUGCUUCUGAGGAAAUUAAAUCCAUCCAAAUUAUGCAGUGUAGCAGGACUUAGCAUUUGCAAAUCAAAAGCCUAUAUGAUUGAAGAAACUAAUCAACAGAAAAUGUCUGGAGACGAUAACUGGGAUGAAGCUUAUGGUCUUGUUCAAAAAGCUCUUUUUGUUCAACGUCCCACACGCCGCAUUGACUUGAAUACAGAACCUCGAGAUGGCAAUGAAUACAUUCAUAAAUCAAGAUUGGAAAAUGCAAAUCUUAAAUUUCACGAUAGUGAAAUUGUUGAGCAUAAAUUUUCUGAUGAAAAUGAACAAGAACUUUUGAAGCAGUGGGCAAGAAAGAAAGCUUUAGAAUUUAGUUAUCAUGCAUCAGCAAUGGCUGUUGAUGAUGCAAAGUUAUACUUGAAAAAGAAAUUUCCUAAAAAAUUCAGAUUUCCUCAUAAUAAUCGUACUUAUAUUCAAGAAUGGUGCACUUUCUGUUUAGGUUCAAAAUUAUGCUCUAAAAUUUAUGAAAAAGAAUAUGAGGAACCUAUUCAUGAAAUUGAAGGGCAUUCCCCACUCUUGAGUAUCGUUGUUCAUUUUGACCAGCACAGAGUAUUUACGGUGCUUCAUUUUCUUCAUGAAUGGUUUUUAAGUCUCGGAAUGGAAGAAUCAUUAGGUAGCUGGAUUUAUGCUCUCCUUGCAUGCAUUAGAAAGCCUUUAAAUCACAGCUGUAAGGAGUUUUUAGAAAUUUUCUAUAAUGAUUGUGUAAAGCGUCUAGAGGAUUGUGAUGAAUCUGAAGAAAGGUCUCGAUUAUAUAUGUUUUCUACCAUUUUCAAUUAUUAUUUUCACAUCAAUUCUGAUUAAGUAAAAUCAUUUUUGAAAAAUUAAAGCUAUGAUUUCUUUCAUACUGGUCAAUGUGUGUUAUUACAGUUAUAUGCCUAACCGUUAUAAAGAGAAAAUCAAUAUGGUGAAUAAGUUCUACAUUGCUUGUUCAAAUUUUCUGAAAAAUAUUUAUAUUACUUUAGAGAAACUUUUCAAUAACUUGAGUAUAUAUGUUUUAUAAAAAAAAGUUCUUCUGUAUCAUAUAUUAUGAAAUCUUCCAAUAUAUCCUUUACACAAGAUUUGUCUUAAAUAAAUAAAUAAAAAAGUAUUGAAUUAGUUAUUUUAGAUUAAGGAUGGUUAUUUAAUGCUUAAAAUUCAUAUCCUUGAACCUUAUAUAGUAAUGAUUCUAAUUUUUAAAUUUAAAAUGUUUAAUUUCAUUUGUUAUUUAUAUUGAAUAUAAUAAAGUAUUUAGUCGAGAUGAAAUAAACACAUUUUAAAUGUGUCAUAAUGAUAUACCACUGAAAUAAUGCUUCUAUAUCUGAUUUUGUGUGUUUAAACAAAACACUGCAUUUCCAAGUUUCAAUUACCUAAUUUCAUUUCUUAUUCAUAUUAAUCCAUCAUUUAUGUUAAAUAUAAUACGAAAUGUAGAACAUAUAAAAUUAAUGAAAUGAACGAACGAAAUAAAAGUAUUUAAAAUGUGCCAUGAUGAUUGUAUCUGAUUUGUGUGUGCAUAACAAAAAUAUAUAGUUUC